AUGGUGGAUCGACUCGGUUCGGUGAACCCUCCGAAACCGGCAAAUGCGGCAGAAGCUGCCCAAUUGGCUGUCCGACAGAAGAACUUCAAUAGGACCUGUUGCAACAUGUGCCACAUCAAACUAGGAGCCGCAUUUCUGGGUGUUAUCGAAGCGAUUAUUGCAGUUUCAGUACUGAUUGGAGCAGUGCAGCAAGUGUUAUGGAAGAAUCAACACUCAUCGUCUUGUGCAAAAAACAUAUUCCGAGACUGUUUAAUAUACCAAUUCAACCAUUUCAACGUCACUCUGAUAUUCGAUUACGUCGUCAUUCUCAUGAUGGUUCUCAUCUUAUUCUCUGUGAUUUGUCUUUUCUUUGGAGUUGCCAGUGACACUUCAUGUCUUAUUCUUCCACAUAUUGUAGUUCAAGCUAUAUUUUUAUUAUUCUCUGUUGGAUAUUUCGUACUUUAUGCUUUUUCAUAUUUUUAUGGAGAUCUGAUUGUCCAUCAUAGGACUUUUAUGAUCCAGUCAAUGUUUGAACGUAUGUGGUUGGCCGGUUUGCUACUAGUGCUAGCCGCAUUACAAAGCUAUUUGUUUUCCUCAGUGAUCCGAUGUAGCUUAUACUUGGCCGACAUCGAAGAUAAUCGUCGACGGAGAGAAUCAGCAUUCGAGAGAUGCAGUGAACGAGUUCGAAUAGCCAAAGAGAAUGGUUUAUGGAGAACAACAAGUUGGGGCGGGGGAUUCCAACAGUACAAAGGACAAUACGAUCGUCCGAAAAAAGAAGUUAAGAACAAAGGAUUCCACGUUCAAUGGAAUACAGAUGUGGAAGCUGGAAAACGGGGAAGCUUCAAGAAAGAUGCGAUGGAGCUGGCGAGAAUCGAAUCAGUGGAAACGCCUCCAUUGAGUCCAAUUCCUGAAGAUGAAAUCAAAGAACCAUCACCUUCAAAAGUGGUUCAUAAAUUGAACAGAAGUUCAUCGAAAUCAGAAGAGAGAAGAGGUUCAGCUACGUCUACUGGAUCACAUAGAGUUAAUAGAGGAGUAUCUGAAACACCAACAAAGAAAGAGAUCAAACAACAACCAAGAUCUGUUAAAAAGACAGCAUCUGAAGGAACAAGUAGAAUCGAAGAAGACUUGAGGAGGAUGUCAUCGACAAAAGAACAUCAUCACAAAGAACACCUUCAUCGGGCUGAAUCGAAAGAAUCUCCGAGUAUGCCGAAACGACAUGCAAAAUUGAAACCGACGGAAAGUUCAAGAGACUCUCAAAAGACUCCAACAACUACAAGACGACCUUCUUUAAAAAAGAACAGAAGUGUUGAUAGUGGAGAUCAAUAUGAUGAGGUUGCUGUAUUUUAUAAAGAGAAACACCAUAGGAGGAGAUCAUCAGAUCAUGGACACGGGGCACAUUCAAGGAGUAAAAUGAGCAGGUCACCAGAGAAAUCACGGUCUCAUGGAAAGCAUUGA